AUGCACAUUUCGCCUGAGUGCCCGGACUGCUCGAGGAUGGAGGAGUCUAUUUUUCAUGUCAUUCUUGGAUGCCCGAGGGUCGCCCAAAUCUGGGGGUGCGCCUCUAGUCUCCUGGCACCCUGGCAGGGGUGGUUGACGACAGAGGCCAUCAUGCUCUUUCUGGAGACCUCCUCUCGGAGGUCAGAGGUCGAGGGCCCAAGAAUCAUGGCAACCUACCUGGCCUACCAUAGCUGGUUGGAUAGGAAUGCUCGGAUCUUCGAGAACAAGAUAAUGCACCCACUGAUGGUAGCAGAUCGGGCUCUUCUUCAGGCAAUGAAGGUCACUUGCGCAGCCACGUUGUCCCCCCUUAAGAUGACCGGAAAAAUCUGGGGCUCCCCUCCUCCUCUAGUAGUGCCCAAGAUCGUUUUGGUCUCCUUGGAGCCUCCACCUUCUGAUUUUCUCAAGGUGAAUUUCGACGGUAGUGUGGGUGAAGGUGGGAGCACUCGUGGCGUGGGCUUUGUCAUCAGAGACCAUGAGGCUAGACUGAUAGCGGUUGAGGACCAGAGAAUAUUUGACACCUCGGUCCUUGGAGUCGAGAUCAGAGCAGCAUGGGAGGGAGUUACCUAUGCGAGGCGGGUUCUGGGGGCGGACUACAUCCUCCUCGAGGGUGACUCGGCCAUGGUGAUUGAGGGGUUUCGGGGCCGAGGUCGUGAUGUCGGUUUCAGACCGCUACUAUGCAACAUUCGCAGGCUCUUAGCUGAGUGUGGACUGUAUGGCAACACAUAUGUCUACAAUGAGGCGAACAAUGCGGCAGACUGGGUGGCUUCAUUUGCUACCCACCAUGCUGGAGGCUUCAUCUGGGUUGUUCGUACAGUGAUGCCUCAUGCUUUGGGUUAUCUUCUUUCUUCUAAUUUAGAUAGCUGCUCCCAUGCUCGACAUGGGUGA